AUGGCGGACGGAAUCGACCGAAAUGCGGACGAGAAGAUGGAGUUCUCCACGUCCAAGGAGGUCACAGUGGCGCCGACCUUCGAGGCCAUGCACCUGAAGGAAAACCUGCUGCGCGGUAUCUACGCCUACGGUUACGAGUCGCCCUCUGCUGUCCAGUCACGUGCUAUCGUCCAGGUCUGCAAAGGUCGCGACACCAUCGCCCAGGCGCAGUCCGGAACGGGAAAGACAGCGACCUUCUCCAUCUCCAUUCUCCAGGUCAUCGACACUGCGGUGCGCGAGACACAGGCGCUCGUGCUUUCCCCCACUCGUGAACUUGCGACCCAGAUUCAGUCGGUCAUCAUGGGUCUUGGCGACUACAUGAACGUGCAGUGCCACGCCUGCAUUGGAGGCACAAACGUCGGCGAGGAUAUUCGCAAACUGGACUAUGGCCAACACGUCGUCUCUGGAACGCCUGGACGUGUCGCCGAUAUGAUCCGCCGCCGCAAUCUGCGCACUCGCAACAUCAAGAUGCUGGUUCUCGAUGAGGCUGACGAACUCCUCAACCGUGGAUUCCGCGAACAAAUCUACGAUGUAUACCGCUACUUGCCUCCUGCGACACAGGUCGUUGUUGUCUCCGCCACCCUCCCCUACGACGUUUUGGAGAUGACCACCAAAUUCAUGACCGACCCCGUUCGCAUCCUUGUCAAGCGUGACGAGUUGACCCUGGAAGGCCUGAAGCAGUACUUUAUUGCCAUCGAGAAGGAGGAGUGGAAAUUCGAUACACUCUGCGAUCUAUACGAUACCCUCACUAUCACACAAGCUGUUAUAUUUUGCAACACCCGUCGCAAGGUCGACUGGCUGACCGACAAGAUGCGCGAGGCUAACUUCACGGUCUCAUCUAUGCACGGAGACAUGCCGCAGAGGGAGCGUGACAGCAUUAUGCAGGAUUUCCGCCAGGCCAACUCGCGUGUACUGAUUUCGACUGACGUUUGGGCCCGUGGUAUCGACGUUCAGCAGGUUUCGCUGGUCAUUAAUUACGAUCUGCCUUCCAACCGUGAGAACUACAUCCACAGGAUCGGCCGAUCUGGACGUUUUGGACGUAAGGGUGUGGCUAUCAACUUCGUCACCCAGGACGAUGUCCGAAUUCUUCGCGACAUCGAGUUGUACUACUCAACCCAGAUCGACGAGAUGCCCAUGAACGUUGCAGACCUCCUGGCUUAA